AUGACCCAUUCGGCCAAACGACCCAUACGGGUAACGGAGGCGUCGAUGUCGGCGAGGACGAACGGUAAGCCCCAUCAUUCUUUGGAAAAAAUACUCCUGGUCACAUUGUGUAAUUAUCAGGCAGCAAACGGCCGAUGGUGUUCGAGGCGAGACUGGUCAUCACCUCCCGAUUCCCGAGUAGACGCGAAUAGGCGGGUACUAUAUUCCUCAGUCUUCCUUGGUAGUCCUGUUGCGGUUGACUUUACAUCAACAAGUAUUCAGGGUGAUGCGAGUAAUACGAGUAUCGGAAGUGGGGAAGGCACGGGGGAGGAGGAUGACGAUUCCAACGGUAAAAAGAACCAGAAAAAGCGUGGUAUAUUUCCUAAGGUGGCAACUAAUAUUCUAAGAGCGUGGCUGUUUCAACAUCUAACGCACCCCUACCCCUCUGAAGACCAGAAAAAGCAGUUAGCGCAGGAUACAGGUUUAACGAUAUUACAAGUUAAUAACUGGUUUAUUAACGCUAGGCGGAGAAUAGUACAACCAAUGAUAGAUCAAUCGAAUAGAGCAGUAUACACCCACCCAGGACCGUCGGGCGGUUAUCCGGACGCAAUGAGCUACAUGAUGGACGGUCAGGCGCAGAUGAUGCACCGACCGCCAGGCGACCCUACCUUCCAUCAAGGGUACCAUUAUCCACCAGCGGAGUAUUAUCCUCACCAUUUGUAAUAAAUGGCAGCUAUUUAAGUGAUUACUUUAGUUAAUUGUGUAAAGAAAAUUAUCUCGCACACACAUCACAUACGAUUAAAUAAGCGAUGAAAACCUAGAGGCGACCGCUUCCCAGUGAACAUAAUUACUCUAUUUAUACAAUGACAAACAAUGUGGCCAUCUAGAAGAACCAAAAAGCAAGGCAACAUGCAUGCAAAGAAUGUUGUUCAAAAGUAGUUCAAUAUCAUCAUCUUCGAAGCAACACAGCCGCUACAAUAGAGAAGCGCAGCGUCUUUGGCAUCUGGGAAACGAAUGAAAUGAGGAGGAAAAUCGUACCUAUCUACACCCACCACCACCUUCCCCUGGCACAUACCGAGGAUCAACGAAUCACUUCAAGGUUCAUCACCAUCCGGCUUGCCUAAGAUUCCACUUGGCUAUUUACUUCCGAUGAACCUUCACAAAUGUUGUAGUCUUAUUUCAUCCCAGAAUGUUUUUUUUCCUUCAUUUUGUAUACUUACAAUAUCAACCAAACACUUAUAGUAGUAACCUACCGAAUAUUUAUUUGUUACGUUUUUGUAAAUAUUUUCCAAUAAGUCAGUGCACACAAACUCAUUGUAUAAUUCGUUGCAACAUUAACAGAGGAAUUAUUUAUGAAACAACAAUCAUAACAAUAUCGGCAAUGUUGUAAUCCCAUAUUUCUUAACUUGAUUCUAGGGCCGAACGAUUAAAAAAGUGUUCAAUAGUCAAAAUGGUCAGUUUUCAAAUCAGUACUUUCAAUGAAAAACAAGCAGAAACAUGAGAAUUAGAACAACAAUGGCGCAGCAAACAUUCAUGCAAGUGAUGGUUUUCCUUGAUAACUUGGUAAUGGUUAUAUUCACAGCACUUUACGACCUACGAUCGCAUAUUUGUAACAUUUGCAUCUGUGCCUAUUUUGAGUCAAGUUCUGGAACCGUUUUCAAACAUUUGAUACCUUUAGCUGAUUGAAUAAAAAAAUGAAAAAAAUGGUAUGUUCUACGGUUCUGCCCCAUAACCCGAAUGGGACACUUUCCCGAAGACCAUUUUUCAAAAUUCAUUCGGUAUGAUUUUAGAGCUAAUUCGACGUAGGCAUCAUUCGAGGUAAUGAAAAUGGGGUAAUAUUAUAUGAACUCUUGCUCUACAUAAUCAGAUGAAAAAAAAUCAAAAGCAUAUUUCUCACAUUGGAAAAUUUAGUCGCUGGUACGACAGGUUUCUUGAGGAUAAUUUAACACAAUUACAGCAUAGGAUUUUAGAGUUCUUCCAAACCAUUGAGCCCGAUGCGCAUGUAGCGUCUUUUCAGCGGCGCGUUAAAAUUUGAAUUUUUUAUUUAAACUGAUUUUAAUAUAAACGAAAACUAUUAUUGUUAGAGUGGUUCUCUUCCAUCUAUCGCGUUUGGCUUUGUACAUUCUUUGAACAUCGGAAUAUCUAAUAUCCAAUUUUGAGAAAGUGUAAACUUUGAAUACCCCCGUCAAUGUUAAAACCUGCUCAAUGCUUCCAUUUUUCUUACAGCUUUCAUUACGAACUUUGAGCUUCAUUUCUUGAAUACAUACACCCAGCCAGCAACUGUUAGAAUUUCUAACUAUCCUGUAUAAGAACUGGGCAUAUGUGAAAUUGUUAAAUUCUUAUACAAAACAAGUAAGCUCACAAACAAAUACUGUAAGAAAAGCUUACAAAAUUGUAAAGUCACAAUAUGUAUGAAAAUCGAGCAUUUUCGCAUAUGCCCAGGUCUUAUAUAGGUUUUCAUAUACAGAACUGUUUGAAAAUCUAACAAUCACCGGUUGGGUGUACUUAUGUCUUUAGUUACAAAUAUGAUGAUCACGGGUCAAAAAUGCAACAGCUCUAAAGCAAAACAAAAUUGUUUCAAAAUCAACCCAGAACUUCAAAUAUAUAUAAUGUUCAUUGUCACGAAUUUUCGAAAUAGAUUUGUGACAGAAAAUUAUAACCGAAUUUGUUAUAUCUCUAGAUUUUAUUAUCUUUGUAUGUGUUUUGAAAUGAUAACAAAGCCUCAUUUAUAAAGACUUCGUUCAAGAAACCGAUAGUAUGAUUUGUUACAGCAAUCUGAUCAACCAUUACAAGAUAUUUCCAUCGCCACUGAUGUUCUAAUACCUUUCGUUACACCUUUUAGAGCACAUAAACACAGAAGCAAUACUAUGUAUGCAAGACGAAAACCAGGAAGCCAUCAAUUUGAAAGAUAGCAAACUAUUUGGAAAUGACUGACAUUGACUGAAACUAUGAAAAACAUAAUUUUCAACGGGAUUAGGACUUUUUUGUGUAAAAUCAAUUUGAACACGUACUGCUGUUCAAAGCAGAUUCCUCUAGGUUAUUUUCUGCAAUAUCUGUGAAACUGCGCUAAUGAUCCACCAAUGUAUUAGGAAAUCAAGAAUAUAUCAAAAUUUAUGCCUGAAUCAUCUAAUUGGACAAAUUUGCGAUAGCCGGCAUUGUGGAAAAAUAAUAUGGUUCAAUUAUGAGGAACGGAGGGAAGGCGUUACCAAAUUUUGAACAGAGGGUCUACCUGCAAAUUUGUAUACUUGCAAUGAACAUCAAACGCAUAUACGAUCAUCGAAAUGAACCUACGCUAAGUAAGAAGCAUAAAUAGGAUUGCUUUCUUAACAGUUUAAAUUGUUGGGAACUUGAACAAAUUUUAUUUCAUAAACAGCUCAAACAUAUUACACAAAUUCUGAAACGCUGAAUCGGAGGACGUAUGGCC